AUGGGCCCUCUCACUCGGGUAUUGAUUCUUGUUGAGUGGUUUUCACAGGUUGAUGCUCUGGUCUACUUAGUGGAUGCUUAUGACCAGGAGAGAUUUGCAGAAUCAAAAAAGGAGCUUGAUGCACUUCUCUCAGACGAAUCCUUAGCCACUGUCCCAUUCCUCAUCUUAGGAAACAAAAUCGACAUACCUUACGCUGCAUCUGAGGACGAGCUUCGAUUCCAUCUUGGCCUCUCCAAUUUCACAACUGGUAAAGGCAAAGUGAAUCUAACUGAUUCGAAUGUGAGACCAUUGGAGGUGUUUAUGUGCAGCAUUGUUAGAAAAAUGGGAUAUGGUGAAGGCUUCAAGUGGCUCUCUCAAUACAUCAAAUAAGAUCGCCCUAUCGCUUUAAGUGUCUCUAUAGAAUCUAUAUGUCUGUUUUUCCAUAAUUUGCUUCUUCUUGGACCAGAGAAGCCUUCAUUCUUCAGGAAGCGUUUGCUGCGCGGACCGACCAGACUAGCAUCACAGUAUGGGGGAAGCGGACACAAGUUGAUGUCCCAAUAGACAAACGACUCACCCUCGUACUUCACAGCCUCCAAGUCUUUCAAUUUAGCGAGUCUUGUUGAUAAAUCUGUAGGAAGUGGAGGCCGCUCGUCUGUCCAGGGCUGAUCGCGACUCAUCAUAUCGCUCUCCAUCAGAUAAGCAGUCACAUGCAACUAUAAAAGAGAAAGUGAAGCUUGUGGUAAAGCAUGGUGGGCAAACAAAGUAAAACAUGAUUUUGGUAGCUUACUCCCCCUGGAGAGAUCAACCGGCGGACGAGGCACAGUAUUCCUAGGUAAACUCAGCUGGAACAUUAAAUGAACAUGGACAAGUCAAACAAAGGCAAAAAAAAAAAAACAGGAGGAUCAAGGCAGCAUACAGAGCAAUGCCACAAGGCAGAAUCCUCUGUUUCGAGAAGAUAUCUAACCGCCGAAGGGGGAGAUGAUAAGAUGGAUUCCACUGGAAUAGAGUGCUCUCAGGGUGUCAGUAGGGACGUUCGCUAGUUUGCCAACAGCAGUGACGGUGAGAGGACCACAGUAGCCUUCAUUCUCCAAAAGCCGUUUAAUACUCGGACGGACCACACGAGGGUCACAACCAUCUGGAACCGGAGAGUUAAUGAUGUCCCAAAAGACCAAUGUUAAGCCUUAGCCUGCUUGUUCGUAGGCUUCUUCAUCGUUCAAGACGAAUCUUCUUCUAAAAACCUAACCUAACCAAACCUAGGAAAAGAGAUUGGAACACAGCCGAAAUCGUGUAUUUUCCGAUGAAGAAAUAGCGAGAGAGAUCAGGAGCAAGAAACUUACCAGAGAGAUAAGGUUGGAUCUCGCAAUCGACUAGGACGCCUAGGGUUUCCAAAGUCCUAAAUCGAAG